GGUUUUUUUAGUUCAAUAAAAUCACAAGUGGUAGAUUUAAUAAUUUGUAUAUUAACUAUCUGAUUAAAUUAAAAUGAGUGAUUAUUGAUUUGAUUAAUUAAAUACUCCAAUUAUUCGAUCGAAGUUACAGUUGAAAAAUUUACAGUCAAUCUCUCUCUCUUCUUAUUCUUCUUCUUCUCUAGUUAAUAUUGUUCAUCUCCUCGGAUCUCUAGUUAUUACGCCCUUUAAAUUCACUCUUCUUUUAUUAUUUCAUUUCAUGGGUUUCACAUUCAAUACUUAAAAAUCGCCCCCAUUAGAAAUUGAAGUUGAGCAGUGAAAGAGUUGAUGAAGCAGUAGUCAAUUCAGUGGCGUGGGUUAUCAUCUUCUUUAUGAUCUUUACAAGUUUGGAGAAUGUCUCGACCGCUUCAACGAGGUCAUUCUUCUUGGAAUUCUCUUAGUAAAGAAGACGUAAAGGAUAAAGAAGACGACGAUAGAACACGUUCACCUCGGGAUCAUACGAGUUUAUUCUUGCGUUAUCUUACUAGUUUAUUUUUCCUAGACAAUUCUAAUUCUUCGAAAGUUGAUAACGGAUUUGGAUCAGACACAUUCACUAUGGGAGGUUCUAAAAAUCGUCAAAACAUUAUAAUGGUGUUUCUUAGAUUCAGCUUAGUUUUAAUUGUACUGGUUGCAGUUUUUGGGUCUCUUUGGUGGGCAAUUUCCAUCUCUACUACAUCGAGAGGUGUUAUCUUUAAGGGUUACAGGAGGCUUCAGGAGCAUCUCGUUUCUGAUCUUAUUGACAUUGGAGAGAUCUCUUUAGGUCCAUCAAGGUUAAAGGAGUUGGAAUUCUGUUCCGAGGAGUCUGAGAACUACGUUCCUUGUUUUAACGUUUCCGAGAAUCUAGUUUCGGGUUAUUCUGAUGGUGGUGAAUUUGGCCGUUUUUGUGGAGUUCAAUUUAAACAGAAUUGUUUGGUUCUUCCUCCACUGAAUUACAGAAUACCUCUCAGGUGGCCUACUGGAAGAGAUGUAAUCUGGGUUGCAAAUGUUAAAAUUACUGCGCAAGAGGUUCUUUCCUCCGGAAGCUUGACCAAGAGGAUGAUGAUGUUGGAGGAAGAUCAAAUAUCCUUCUGCUCAGACUCGCUUAUGUUUGAUGGGGUUGAAGAUUACUCACAUCAAAUUGCUGAAAUGAUUGGAUUGAGAAAUGAAUCUUAUUUGAUCCAGGCUGGGGUUAGAACUGUUCUGGAUAUAGGGUGUGGUUACGGUAGCUUUGGAGCGCAUCUCUUUUCAAAGCAACUGAUAACUAUGUGUGUUGCCAACUACGAGGCUUCAGGUAGUCAAGUUCAGCUAACUCUAGAAAGAGGUCUUCCUGCAAUGAUCGGUUCUUUCGCUUCGAAGCAAUUGCCAUAUCCAUCUCUUUCUUUUGAUAUGUUACAUUGCGCGAGAUGUGGGGUUGAUUGGGAUGAGAAAGAUGGCAUAUUACUAGUUGAGGCCGAUAGAGUUUUAAGGCCAGGCGGAUACUUCGUAUGGACUUCCCCAAUCACAAGUUCGCAGGGUUCACAUCAUAGCAAAGAGAAUCAGAGAAAGUGGACAUUUGUUCGCAGCCUUGCAGAAAAUCUUUGCUGGGAGAUGUUGUCACAACAAGAUGAAACCGUUGUGUGGAAGAAGACGAGUAAAAGAGAUUGUUAUGCUUCACGGAAACCUGGUUCUGGACCAUCUAUCUGCAGUAAGGGACAUGAUGUCGAGACUCCGUAUUAUCUACCUCUCCAGCCUUGCAUUGGAGCAACACUGAGCCAACGAUGGAUUCCUAUAGAAAUGCGAACUACCUGGCCUUCUAGGGCUAAAUUGACCUCCACUGAACUCGAUAUUUAUGGUGUGCAUUCAGAUGAUUUUAUUGAGGAUGGCUUGAACUGGAAUUUAGCAAUAUCUAAUUAUUGGUCCCUGCUCUCCCCACUUAUAUUCUCAGACCAUCCAAAGAGACCGGGUGACGAGGACCCAACCCCUCCCUUUAAUAUGCUUAGGAAUGUGCUAGAUAUGAAUGCACGAUAUGGUGGGUUUAACUCAGCCUUGCUGGAAGCAGAAAAAACUGUGUGGGUCAUGAAUGUGGUCCCUAAAACCACCUCUAACCACCUUCCGCUAAUCCUUGAUAGAGGCUUCAUCGGUGUAUUACAUGAUUGGUGUGAGCCAUUUCCGUCAUAUCCAAGAACUUACGAUAUGGUCCAUGCUGAAGGAUUGUUAUCGCUUCAUUCCAACCACUUACAUAGGUGCCCCAUGCUUGACUUAUUCAUCGAGAUAGAUCGGCUACUUCGACCAGAGGGUUGGGUGCUAUUCCGUGACAAAGCUUCUCUCAUAGGAACAGCAAGAACUCUUGUGACAAGCUUGAGAUGGGAGGCACGGGUGGUAGAAAUCGAGAGUAAUAGUGAUGAGAGACUGCUUGUCUGCCAAAAACCUUUCUUCAAGAGAGACUAAAUGAAGUAAAUACACAUUCCAAAGUGAGAAAAAAGAGGUACAUAAAGAACUAUUCAUUUAUUUUCAUAAAGUGAGAGCCGUGAACCAGCGGAGCCCCGGAAGACAGUAAGGUUGUCCAUAAUACUUAUAUGUAAUUACAGGAACAAAAUUCAGGUAAGGGAAUUGAGGGAUCAAAAGGAUUUUGAGUUUUCCCUGUUACAUCUCUCCAUUUGUAACAACAUAAAUCAAGAUUGUAUUUCAAAUCAAAUUAUUCAUAAAGUAUAGUAGGAAAAAAUAAAUGAUCCCUUUUAUAUAAGAUAAAGAUAAUACAAUUGCAUCGU